AUGGCAACUCAGGCUCGAGCUCUUCAUUGCCAUCACUGGGUCUCGAGAGCGAUAAGAGUUGUCUGUUUGGUGUCGAGCUGUGGAAGUGUUAACCACCAGUUGAGGGACAAAACAUCGUGUGAUUCGAGCCAUACAUUCGCCACUAUUUGUCUGCCAAUCACUUCCAACACAUCCAACACAUCGUUCGCAAUGGAUUCGCUUCGGGAACAAGUGAUGAUCAAUCAGUUCGUGUCUGCGGCCGGUUGUGCUCGCGAUCAGGCCAUACAACUCCUGCAGUCCACGCACUGGCAGUUCGAGACGGCGUUAAGUAUGUUCUUCCAGGAGUCCAAUGCCUGCCAUUCAAACCCACACUUGAAAUCUGUCUGGUGUCUGACCCGUGAUAUGAAUCUCCGGUAA